AUGUUAUCCCUCUGGCUGUCACCGAAAUACCGUAGCAAACCGUGGAGUAUCCAUCAGCACAUAGAAGAACUUGCUCAACUGUUCAAACAAGUUCGAUUGCCAUCGACCACCACACGCAUACCACGUACUUUGAUGGACUACCCCAAGUUUAAAGCUAAUGAGCUGCGUGUGUUACUUUUGUUCGGUUAUGUCAUUUUUUCAAAUAUUCUUCCAAACGCAUUUUACAAUCAUCUUCUUCAGCUAGUUUGCCUUCUUCAUCUAGCCGAAAACCGACGCAUUCCGACACAUAACAUUAUGAUUAUGCAAAGCUUGGGUGAAAGUUUUGUUGUUGAAUUUCCUCUUCUGUACACAGAGCGACACUACGUCCAAGUUGUGCAUUCUGUUGUUCAUAUCGCUGCCACUGUUCGCGAUUUCGGUCCACUAACCCAUUAUACUACUUUCAAUUUUGAAGAUCAAUUAGGAUUCUUAACACGCACUUGCAAAAGUACCAGACGUCAUGCACAGGAAAUGAUUUCAAAUUUGCAAUUGUUGCAAUGUGCCUACGAACAUUUGAGUGAUUCUACCAUUAACACUUCUUUCAAAGAGAAUUUGUUAUCUAUUGCCAAUAUUAAACAGCACAAAGAUACAAUUCGUGUUCGGGCUUAUCGCAGAACACUCAAAGUCAAUCAGUAUGCUGAGAUUCUUUUCCCGCAAUGUCAACUAGUGUUUUUUAAUCGGCUACAAAUUGGUAAUCUAAAACUAUCUACUUCACCAAGCGCUGCGGAUGCACUUGCUGAUGAUAGUACUAUACUGUUCAGAAGCCACAAUGAUUUAUCUAUGGGACGCAUUCAGUCUAUAUUUACUUUAAUUGAGACAAAAGUUACCUUCUUGCUGGUUGAUUAUCCAACAGCUUUUGAAGACUUCAAUUGUUUUGUUCGAAAUGACGAUGAGUUCAAAUACUCGUCGAUUCAAAGUUGUUUAAAGAAGGACUCCACUACGUGUCUUGUAGAGCCUGGGAAUGUUAUCGAAAAUGUGUUUACUACGAACGCUCUGAUGGAAAAUGCCAUUUUAUUCGCUUUCCGAACUUGGAGCAUUGCUCUUAAAUCCGAUUUAUUUAAUUAUUGUUUUUAA